AUGUUUCGAAACCUCUUCGGCUCGCCCUCGACGGCAUCGACCGUCCACCCACCCCGCGUUUUUGCAUCCGAAUACCAGCCAGUCCCUCAUGACGAUAGCGGUGAAGACCACCACGACACAGACAGCGAAAUGGGAAUAGCUUCAAACAGGAAGGGCGGCGAGCCCGCGUCCUACCGCGAUGCUGCAGCCAUGCUGCUGAUCAAGCUUGGUCGCAACCCUGACGAGCACAUCUCCGUGUCCCCCGCGGACGAUGCUCGAAUCCUCCGCCGAAUCGAUCUAGCAUUGCUCCCGCUGAUGCUCGCCGUGUACUUCCUCCAGGCCCUCGACAAAGCCACCCUCUCCUACGCAUCGAUCUUUGGGCUCAUCGACGACACCAACCUGGAGGGCGCGCAGUACUCGUGGCUAGGCAGCAUUGUGUUCCUAGCGCAGUUGGUGAUGCAACCCCCGCUGGCCCUCGCCCUGGUCAAGCUUCCCAUUGGCAAGCUGACCAGCGCCAUGGUCUUGGGUUGGGGAAUGACUCUGGUUGGUAUGACUUGGGCGCACAAUUUCUCACAGUUAAUGGCUGCCCGGUUCUUCCUUGGCGCUUUUGAGGCGAGUGUCGGCCCAAGUUUCAUUGCCAUCACUCAGAUGUGGUGGAGAAGAAGAGAACAGACAAUGAGGAUUGGAUCGUGGUACUGCAUGAAUGGUUUAACUUGGGUGCUCGGUAGUCUCAUCACAUAUGGACUAGCCAGCAUCGAUUCCCACAUGAAACCGUAUCAGGUCAUCUUCCUCUUCUUUGGUGCCAUCACGGUAGGAGUCUCCGUCAUCAUGUUCUUCUGGAUGCCCGACUCUCCCACGGAAGCCAAAUUUCUUAGCGAUGAUGACAAGGUCAUCGCAAUCGAGCGACUGCGAAACAACCACAUGGGUGUAAUGUCACGCGAGUGGAGAUCUUCCCAUGUCUCGGAGACGUUGCUGGAUCUCAAAACCUGGUUCUGGGUUUCCAUGAUAUUCUGCAUCUCAGUGCCAUCCAAUGGCAUCUCCACGUUUGGGCCACUCAUCAUUCAGUCAUUCGUAUCCGACCCGUUCCAGACCAUGCUGUUCAAUGUCCCCAUCGGCUUCUCGCAUAUAAUCGCCGUUGCGGGGAGCGCGUACUUGUCGAUGCGUUGGAAACUCAAAGGUCCAGUCAUUGCACUUUUGUGCAUCCCCCCAAUUGUUGGGUGCAGCAUUUUGUUGUAUUUUACGCACGAGACAGAGAACAAGGCCGUACUAUUGGCUGGGUAUUUCUGCCUGUCCACUUACACUGGAAUCACACCCCUUAUAUAUUCCUGGUCUGCUCAAAACACUGCCGGUGACACCAAGCGCAAAUCAACGUCUGCCCUUGUCUUUAUCGGCGCCUCAGCCGGAAACAUUGUUGGACCCCUUCUCUAUUCUCCAGAGGAUGCCCCUGGAUACUCGUCUGGUCUUCGCGUUAAUCUAGGACUCUAUGUCAUGGUCAUGUGCCUUGUGGUUGGAGCUUCACUACACAUCAAACGGCUCAAUCUACAGCAUGGCCGGCGCAGAGUCGCCCUAGGGAAGAGCGCAGUUGUAGUUGAUAUGAGUCUUGAGACGGCGGAAGAGGUGGAACGAAUGGAGGUCAUGGAGAAUUCACAACACCAAGGAAGUGCCAGGGAGAUAGCCGACAAUGAAGCCGACAAUCCAUCUAGAGGGGAUGCGCUAGAGGAGGAUGGACAUGGAACCCAGCAGGGCGACAAGGCGUUCGGGGACGUUACAGACCUGGAGAAUGAGGACUUUUUGUUUGUGUUUUGA